GAGUCUAGUCCAGUGAAUGCUGCAGAGUGACGGAUGAGAGAGUUUACAAUUUUCGUGUUCGGUUUUGAUAAUCGCUUGAAAAAAUAAUAAGAAAACAACAAUGGCAGGGAGCGCCGGAGAAUGGUGUCUAAUGGAGAGUGAUCCGGGAGUCUUCACAGAAUUAAUUAAAGGUUUUGGUUGUAAAGGAGCACAAGUUGAAGAGAUAUGGAGUUUGGAACCAGAAAACUUCGAAAAACUGAAACCGGUUCAUGGAUUGAUUUUCCUUUUCAAGUGGCAGCCAGGAGAAGAACCUGCUGGAUCUAUUGUUCAGGAUUCCAGGCUGGACCAAAUUUUUUUUGCCAAGCAGGUCAUUAAUAAUGCAUGUGCUACCCAGGCUAUAAUCAGUGUGUUACUGAACUGCACACAUUCUGACAUGCACCUUGGUGAAACUCUGACAGAAUUUAGAGAAUUCUCACAAAGUUUUGAUGCUGCUAUGAAAGGUCUGGCCCUGAGCAACUCUGAAGUGAUUCGUCAAGUGCACAAUGGCUUUGCCAGGCAGCAGAUGUUUGAGUUUGAUGCAAAAUCAUCUGCAAAAGAUGAAGAUGCAUUUCAUUUUGUGAGCUAUGUUCCAGUUAAUGGCAGACUCUAUGAACUGGAUGGACUCCGUGAAGGACCAAUUGACCUUGGCACCUGUAAUCAAGAUGAUUGGAUAAGUGCAGUACGACCAGUAAUUGAGAAAAGAAUACAGAAAUACAGUGAAGGGGAAAUCCGCUUUAACUUAAUGGCUAUAGUUUCAGACCGAAAGAUGAUUUAUGAGCAUAAGAUUGCAGAGCUACAGAACCAGCUCGCAGAAGAAGAACCAAUGGACACAGACCAGAGUAGCAACCUGUUAAGCUCCAUUCAAUCAGAAAUUGCGAAAUAUCAGCUUCUAAUUGAGGAGGAGAAUCAGAAACUAAAACGGUACAAAAUUGAAAACAUUAGAAGAAAGCACAACUACUUGCCCUUCAUCAUGGAACUACUGAAAACACUGGCGGAAUACCAGCAGUUAAUACCAUUAGUAGAAAAGGCAAAAGAAAAACAGAAUGCCAAAAAAGCCCAAGAAGCCAAAUGACAAAGAGCUGACCCUUCAUUUUCCCACAAAGUGUCACUGAAAUAAUCCAUCACAAUCCUCUGUAACCUGUCCAAAGAGCACAGAGAGGUCCUGAAAAUAGUUUCAAGUGAUUGCUCGAAAACUGUUAAUUUGUUGUGCUACAUGCAUGCAGAAAUGUUGAAAUAAACCUUUGUCUAUUUUUUUCAUAUAUAAAGUUUAAAUGUUCA